ACCUUCAUGUGCACUUUCAUUUAGUUUAUUACAAAAUGGCUGCGUUGGUGAAGAACGUGAAGUUGCUUCCAUCCAUUAUCGGUGUUUGUACCCGCUCCGUAGUACCCAGAUUAAGUUCAAUUGUUAUAGUCCGACAGAUAAAUGAUCGAAAAUCUCUUUUAACAAAUGGAUCAUCUUUAUUGGUCUCUAAAUUGCCUAAUCUAACUGAAAAAGUGCAGCCAUUUAGUAGUGCUACUACUUUAACAGUUGCUGCUAUUGAAGGCAGAGUUUUGAAUAUUUGCAAAGCUUAUGAUAAAAUCAAUGCUGAAAAGCAGUUGAGUCAGCCUAGAAGAGGGUAUGCAGGUAAAGCACCACUCACUCUAGAGACAAUACAGAAGCGUGUUGAUCUGUGUUUGAAAUUGUAUGACAAAAUUAAUCCUGAAAAGUUGACCCUGGACUCCCACUUUAUGAAUGACCUUGGUUUGGACAGUCUUGACCAAGUAGAAAUUAUUAUGGCCAUUGAAGAUGAGUUUGGUUUUGAGAUUCCAGAUGCAGACUCUGAAAGAUUGAUGAGGCCCCGAGAUAUAGUUCAAUAUAUUGCAGAUAAGGAGGACAUUUUUCAUUAAAGAAUGAAUUGCAGUUUGAAUUUUUUGAAUUAUUCUAGGCCAAAUUGAUGUCUUGCAAAAUUUCUGGACAAUAAGGUAUUGAGGCUUACAGUAAACUCUACGGGAACCUAGCGCAGUUAACAUUAUGUGACCUGUAGUUUGAGACUGCCAGUGUAUAUACUUCUCCUCAGACUGCUAUUGUAGUUGGAAGAACUUUUUUUGGUUAGCAAUUCAUUCAGGUUUUGUUUUGAGUAGUUAAAAACAUUGUGUGACUGUUACAAAGUGUGGAAGGUUUCUAUUGGGUUCACGGAUUUGAAGCUGAUGUGUACAUGAUAUUAACGAUAGAAUUGUAAACAUCAAUAAACUUGAAUUCUAAUUUU